AUCGCGGUGCGUGCCCGGCCACGCGGGGACGCAGGACGGGCUCGGGGCGGUAGCGGCAGUCGCCAUGGUCGGGUGGCCGCGUUCUCGCAGCGGCCUCGGGUGUGCGGUCGCCUACCCCGCCGCACCGGCGGGGUUUCUCCCGCACCUCCAGGCAGGCGCGAUGCGGCGCCGCUUCUGGGGCGUGUUCAACUGCCUGUGCGCCGGCACUUUCGGUGCCCUGGCCGCCACCUCCGCCAAGCUGGCCUUCGGCAGCGAGGUGAACAUGGUCUUCUGCAUCUUGGGUUUCAUGGUGAUGGCAACCACUAAUUCUCUGAUGUGGAUGUUCUUUAGUCGGGGCCUCAGUUUCUCCAUGUCUUCAGCCAUUGCAUCUGUCACAGUGACUUUUUCAAACAUCCUCAGCUCGGCCUUCCUGGGCUUUGUGCUGUAUGGAGAGUGCCAGGAGGUCUUGUGGUGGGGAGGAGUAUUCCUCAUCCUCUGCGGCCUCACCCUGAUCCACAGGAACCUCCCGCCAGCCAGGAAGGCCCUUCCACACAAACAGCAGUAGCAUCGGUUGGCUGGACAGACCAGCUGGAAAGACAGCGAUGGUGCAGGCUUUGAUGGGUUUGCAUGUGCAAAGAUUACUUUCUAGGGUGAUCUGGGUGUGAAGCCCUCUGACCGUCAGCCAGAGGGAGGCGCUCCCAAGGGAAGCAGGCAUCUGACCAGGCGGCCUUGAAGGUGGAUAGUUCCAGCUUUUGCAAGGGGAAGAACAGUGCAGCGGUGUUUUGCCAGAAGCAUUCUUGAUACAUCUGCACAGUGCUUUUUAUUCUUGUGCUCCUGGGCCCACCUGGUGAGCCUUGGUGGAUGCUGGAGACCCUGGGGUUGUUCUGCUUCAUGUAUGGACUUGAAACCAUGCUGCAGUUGAAGUCGUGUUGUCUAACAAAGGCGUUUUGUUUGUAAUAUUUGAAUCUGACUGGUGGAACUUUCUGACAGCUUCAUGCUGAUGUAUCAAGCCAUGUGUAUAAUUGUAAGAGAAGGAAACUAGAUUAAUAAAUACUCCUUUGCAAGUUAAAA